AUGGCCGGAGAAGGGGGAGAACUGACGGUGACUCUGCUUACAAAUACGGCGGAGAACGUCGGAGAAAAUGAUAAGUUGGAUAUGAAGGAGAAGGUUUGGAGGGAAUCUAAGAAGCUGUGGGUUGUGGCGGCGCCGGCCAUCUUCACGAGAUUCUCUACGUCCGGAGUAUCUUUGAUAACACAAGCUUUCAUUGGCCACCUUGGCCCCACCGAGUUGGCUGCUUACUCCAUUACCCUCACCGUUCUCCUCCGUUUCAGUAAUGGAAUCUUGUUAGGUAUGGCUAGUGCACUAGAAACACUAUGUGGUCAAGCCUACGGAGCCAAACAAUAUCAUAUGCUAGGGAUUUACCUCCAAAGAUCAUGGCUCGUCCUCAUAGGAAGUACCAUUUGCCUCACGCCAAUCUACAUUUUUGCUGGCCCUAUCCUCUUAGCCUUAGGUCAAGAAGAACGCCUUGUCCGUGUAGCUCGAGUCAUAGCCCUAUGGGUCAUAGGCAUCAACUUCUCCUUCGUACCUUCCUUCACUUGCCAAAUGUUCCUCCAGGCUCAGAGCAAGAACAAGAUCAUUGCCUAUGUCGCUGCUGUCUCCUUAGGGGUCCAUGUUUUCUUGUCUUGGCUACUAAUGGUUCAUUUCGAAUUUGGGAUCGGUGGUGCCAUGACCUCGUCACUCGUAGCACAUUGGUUGCCUAACGUAGCUCAGCUCUUGUUCGUAAUAUGUGGUGGGUGUAAGGACACAUGGAGAGGAUUCUCUUGGUUGGCUUUCAAAGAUCUUUGGCCAGUAUUCAAAUUAUCUUUGGCUUCCGGAGGCAUGACUUGUUUGGAAGUAUGGUACAACUCGAUAUUGAUAUUGCUCACAGGAAAUUUAAAAAACGCUGAGGUCUCUCUCAACGCACUUGCAAUCUGCAUCAAUAUAAAUGCAAUGGAGAUGAUGGUAGCCUUCGGCUUCAUGGCAGCAGCAAGUGUACGAGUUUCAAACGAAAUCGGAAGUGGAAACUCUAAAGGAGCCAAAUUUGCGACAAUGGUAGUGGUUUUGACGUCACUAUCAAUAGGAGUCAUUCUCUUCUUUGUCUUUCUGUUUCUAAGAGGAAGGGUUUCGUACAUUUUCACAAGAAGUGAAGUUGUUGCCGCACAAGUUGCCGAUCUUUCUCCAAUCUUAGCCUUUUCCAUCCUCUUAAACAGUGUUCAACCUGUUCUCUCUGGAGUUGCUGUUGGAGGGGGAUGGCAAAAAUAUGUUACGUACGUUAAUCUUGCUUGCUAUUACCUUGUUGGGAUUCCUACCGGUAUUUUCCUUGGUUAUGUCAUGGAUUUGCAAGUCAAAGGUGUUUGGUUAGGAAUGAUUUUUGGAAUCUUCGUUCAGACUUGUGUGCUUACCAUAAUGACUAUGGGAACAGACUGGGAUAAACAGGUGUCUGUUUCGCAACGACGUCUGAACCGUUGGGUUGAACCAGAAUCACGAGGUCAAAACCAAACUUCACCAAGAGAAUAGUUGUAAAGAUUGAUGUAAAACAUGGUUCUUUGUAAUCGACUGUAAAAUCCACACUCUAUUCUCGAAAGUAUACACUUGUGUUGUGUGAGCAUCUAAACAAAAUUUGAGAUAUACUAUAAAGAAUUUUAGACCAC